CCACAAUGCGACCUUCUAUAUGAGAAAAGGGAUUUGAGAGACUUCUCGGGAAAACGCUUCAUAGUAGAUGCGGCCUCUUUUAUGUUUUGGAUACUGCAGGACGUCAUGCCCAGGCAGGACCUGCACUAUCUUGGGGACUACGGGCAGGAUUUUGUUGCCGUCGUUCGCUACUUUGUUCAAAAUUUCUUCCUCGCGCACGAAAUCGAGACUCUCUUUGUCCAUGACGGCGGCUACAAUCCUGCCAAGGCCGCUACUCAACAAAGCCGCCGGGCCAGGCGGGCCCUACUCGCAGGGGACCUCAUACUCCGGGUCUUUGCUCGUCUUCGAGAGUCCUCCGAGACGAGAAACACGGAAGACACCUCCGAAAGCUUCCUGGACCUCGCCCACGGCCUCACCAAAGGUCUUCGCAAGGAGGACGUUCGGGUCGCGAAGGGGACGGGGGUGACGGCAGCCUUGUAUCUCCUGUUGGACGAACUGGAUGCCACGAGUCACGCCCAGGGGGGGCCUCGCGUGCGGCAAGUCAAUACGAUCAUGGAGGCGGACGCGUACAUUGCUCGGACGUGCAUGCGCGGUGCCUAUGCGGCUGUUCUCUCUAGUGAUUCCGAUUUCUUGGUGCUCGACACACCGUGGAUACCGCUCCAAUCCAUUCAACACCGCUACGCACCCACUGCCUGUCCUUGCUCGUGGGUACCUCCGGGUCGCUUUUCCGAGGUGUUGUACGCCUUGGCAUGGAACUCCCUCGUUCCCUUCCUCCGACUCGCCGGGAUGGUGACCUCGCAGCGCCCGACCAUCCCGCACUGCAGCCUGGCAGGCUUUCGGAAGCUUCUGGGUGACUUGGCCACCCUGUUGGGAAACGAUUUUUAUUCCCUCGCCGAUGCGGGGAAUGCCGUGGGCCAGGUAACCGUCCGUCUGACUGGGAGGGGGGAGGCGCUCGGGCGGAAGGAUGGGGGUCAUUGCCCCCCUCCCCCCUCCUGCAUGCCGUCUACCCCCGUGGCACUCACCUGCAAGCUCACAGACAAGGUUGCUUGUGCACGCUUCCUCCUGGUAUGUCUCUGCAAUGGCUGGGUCGAGGAGCCUGGAGGGUCCCUAGCCCUCUCCCAGGACUCGGUUCCUUUGCCCUCCCUCCUGUUCCCUCAGGCACCCCGUCAGCAGGCGCAAUACGUGCGCGCCCGCUGCCAUCGAGAGGCAGUCACCCUCUUGACUGCGCGCCUCCGGCCAUAG